CCCGAUUCACAGACGGACGUGUCCAUACGGUUCAUCCAUACGUAUACACAGACAUAUAAAAGAUCAUCCCCUAAGUACCACCGACCCAGCCCUCCAGCCGAUUCCAACCUUUGACCUACAAUUCAUACCAACUCAACCUAGUUCCCCCCCUGCCACUGCCGCAUUCGGCGCCAGCCGAUAGGCAAAGGCACCUGUGUCACCUGCUGCAAGUGCCUACAUACAAGCCAACGGGAGAGACAAACGUACAACGAUCACCUGGGACCACCUGCCAGGCAGGCAGCCUUCCCAUCCUCACGGACCUCACCUGACGUCAUUCAUCAUUUGUUGCCUCAACCCCUUCACGAGCCGAAAAAGAGGGAAUAACGGCCACACGCCACACGAUCGGCAAGGUCCAAAAAGCUGAACAGACCAGGACGCAUAACAUCGACAAUGCGAUAUGCCCCGCCCGGGCAGGCGCUUGACCCUCUUUUCCUCCCCUCUCGUGUGGUCGCACUCCAGGAAUGCUCCAUCCUUGAAGCUGCUGAUGGCCUUCUCCAGGUCGCCCACGGUGACGCCCUUGGCCGGGUCAGACGCAGGAACAGCACACACCUGACAUUCACACACACACACACACACAAUCGCCCCAUCUCUGCGUUCACGGCCCCCCUUCCUCACCUGUCACCAAAUUGGCCUUGUUGUCGAACUCCUCUGGUAUGGCCGGCUUGAGGAGCUCAUGGAAGUUUGCAUUGAACUGCUGCAUCCAUGUCAGUGGCGACAGCCGAUCGUAAGUGUAGCAGAUGCAGUUGCGGCGCUUCAUGAUGAUGAGAGUCGGGUAGGGAUACAGCACGUGGCUCUUGUCGACAUCCUCUCCCUCAUCCUCACGGUAGCCCAUCAGGUCACACAAGUCUAUGUCCAGGCUCCGCGGCUCAUUACUGCGGUUGGCGCGGCUGACCUCGGCCAUCACCUCUUGCACCAGCUUGGAGUUCUCCUGGGCCGCACGGCACAUCUGCACCACGACAUACAGAGAGGGACACACAAGCUCAUGAGCUUGGUGUACCUUGCGGUGCUUUGCCUACCUUCUUGUGCUCCUUCCAGUGAGCCCGCUGGCACUCAACCGAGCAGUAGCGAACCUGCAGGCGGAAAGAAAACCCAAUGUCCAGUUUCAGUGCGUGUUUGCCAAUCACACAUCACACGCAUGACGGACGCAAUCACAUCUGGCUCACCUCGUGGCAGCCGCUGCAGAUCUGCAGCGUCGUGACGUCAUGAGCCUCCACACGCUUGCGGCAUUUGGCGCACUUGCGGCCGAUGUAGCAGUUCAGCAUGCCCUCCAUGCCCUGCCGGUCCAUGAUGACGCGAGUGGCC